AUGCCAUCUUACCAGUCCCCCGACUCGGCUCUAGCUCACGCAGAAUGGCCAACGACACCGAUCCCCGAACCGAUCAAGACGCUCCUCCAUUCCUUCUUCGAACUGGGUGACUCGACGAGUCCAGCCGACGGCGCCCGCAUGGGCACCGAGAUCUUCACGCCCGAUGGACAGAUCGUGGUCAACAAACGUGUCAUUGACGGGGCUGAAGAAAUAUCCAACUCGAACCACGGCAAACCACCUGGUCUGCAACGCCGCAAGCACAGAAUCGACAAGAUAUACACCUGCAACGAAAUGGCCGAUGACCUCAUGCUGUUUGGGGUCGUGACGUGGACCUUUGACGACGGGCAAACGCGCGAAGGUCGAUUCGCGGCCAGGGCGGUGGUGGUCGUGUCAGAAGGGAGGCCAAGGUUGAAGUUGUAUCAGGGAUGGUCGUUUGAACAUGUCUAA